GGUGGGGGUGGGGGGCUCCAGGCACGCUACCGCCGCUUCUCUGGCGCCGUGGGCUGGUGCUGCCGGUACGGGUCGGGGCGGAGAAAGUGGAGCAGCCCCGCCUGGCAAGAGGCCACCUGACAGCUGUGAACUGAACCCGCGGCAAGGGCGGGUCAGAGGGAAGGCAGCGAAGCCCAAGGUCAUACCCUGACCACAGCUGCCCCUCAGGGGACUGGCCUGGAGCCAAAGUCAGGUCAUCAGGCUGCUUGUCAAGGGUGGAGCCUCAGCCACUUGCCACUUUUCCUCAUGAGCCCUGCCUGGGUGUCCACCUGGCACUCCCACGGCCACGUCUGUUUGUCUCAGAGCAGCCCAACCCGGAGGCCUGGACUUCAGAGAGAGCUCCAGGAGAGCUCAGUCCCGUGUGCUGCCUCCCCGACCCCAGGCGUGGAAGCAGAUGCAAGGCUUCCUUCUGGUUCUGCAAAGACUUGAAGAAAUUGACAAACCCGGAUGGCUACCCCUGACAGGAGAAUGGUCUCUAGACCCCAGAGACCUGGAAAGGGUCCAAAGGAAAGCGGGGCCUGCCUGAGUCCCCUGGACAACCUGGAGUGUAAGGAGACCCAGGAGCUGGCACCGGUAGAGCUGGCCAUGCUGAGCAAGGCACAGGAAUUCUUUCAGACCUGUGACACAGAAGGCAAGGGGUUCAUCGCCAGGAGGGAUAUGCAGAGGCUCCAUGAGGAGUUACCACUCAGCCUGGAGGAACUGGAGCAUGUGUUUGACGCCCUGGAUGCUGAUGGCAAUGGCUUUCUGACGCCAGAGGAAUUCACCACUGGAUUUAGCCACUUCUUCUUCAGCCAGAAUAAGCCAGGUCAGGAAGAUGCAGGCGAGCAGGUUGAACGGCUCCAGGAAGAGAAGGUGUAUCAGUCCAGAGGGGAAGAACAUGCGGGCGGCACGGAUGAAGAUGAGGAGACUCAGUUCCAAACACUGAUGGACAAACUUGGAGCCCAGAAGGUUUCCGAGGAUGAAAGUGAUAUCAAGCAAGUCUGGCUGCAGCUGAAGAAGGACGAGCCUCACUUACUGUCCAACUUCGAGGACUUCCUGACCAGGACCUUCUCUCAGCUCCAGGAAGCUCAUGAAGAGAAGAAUGAACUGGAGUGCGCCCUGAAAAAGAAAAUUGCUGCUUAUGAUGAAGAAAUCCAGCAUCUCUACGAGGAGAUGGAACAACAAAUCAAGCAUGAGAAGGAGCAGUUUCUCCUGAAAGUAAGAGUCCACACCAGGGCUUGGCUGGAAGGCCAGUGCACCACCCUGCAAAAUGAUGAGCAUGAAACCAAGGCUGAGAACACCAAGCUGAGAGUCACAAACCAGGAGCUGGCCCGGGAACUGGAGCGGACCUCCCAGGAGCUGCAGGAUGCCCGGAAACAGCUGGAGAGCCUCCAGCAAGAGGCCCACCAACUCCACCAGGAGAAGGAGAUGGAAGUGUACCGUGUGACGGAGAGCCUGCAGCGUGAGAAGUUGGGGCUUCUGAAACAGCUGGAUCUCCUGAGGGAAAGGAACAAGCACCUUCGGGAUGAACGGGACAUCUGUUUUCAGAAAGAUAAGGCAGCCAAGGCAAACACAGCUGCUUCCAAGGCAAACUGGAAACAGAGAUCUGGCUCUGUGAUAGGCAAAUAUAUGGAUGGCAGAGGGAUUCUUAGGAGCCAGUCAGAGGAGGAAGAAGAUGUAUUUGGCUUCUCGAGAAGGAGAAGCUCCCUGGGCCUGAGUGGAUAUCCCCUUCCAGAAGAGGAGCCAGGACCUGGGGGUCCACUCACCCGGGCAUUCCGCAGAAUCAUCUCUAUUGAAGAAGACCCCUUGCCCCAGCUCCUGGAUGGUGGCUUUGAGCAGCCACUGAGCAAAUGCCCAGAAGAGGAAAAGGUCUCCCAACAGAGGGCGGAAAGACAAAGCCAACAGGCCAGACCUUUGGAACGCAUGCCUACAUCUCCUCGAGGGCAACCUAUUGGAAAAGAAGACCUGUCUAAGGAGGAAGCCUCUCCCUCCAUCCCAGACCGGCUCUUCAAAAUUGUGUUAGUGGGCAACUCGGCCGUGGGGAAGACAUCUUUCCUGAGGAGGUUCUGUGAGGACCGGUUUGCCCCAGGCCUGGCAGCCACUGUAGGCAUCGAUUACCAGGUGAAGAUGGUGCAUGUGGAUGGCUCGUACGUGGCCCUGCAGCUGUGGGACACGGCCGGGCAGGAGAGGUAUUGCUGUAUCACCCAGCAGUUCUUCAGGAAGGCCGAUGGCGUCAUCGUCAUGUAUGAUCUCACAGCCAGACAGUCAUUCCUGUCGGUCCGGCAGUGGCUGAGCAGCGUGGAGGAAGCUGUGGGAGACCGAAUUCCUGUUCUUCUGCUGGGCAAUAAAAUUGACAAUGAGAAAGAGCGGGAAGUUCCCCGAGGCCUUGGAGAGAAGCUUGCCAAGGAGAACAAUCUGAUCUUCUAUGAAUGCAGUGCCUAUUCCGGUCACAACACCAAAGAGUCCCUACUUCAUCUAGCCAGGAUCCUCAAGAAACAAGAAGAUACAGCAAGAGAGGACACCAUACAGGUUGACCGCUCUGCCAAAAAGAAAUCCUGCUGUGGCUGAUAGGAGUCCUCCUAGGACUGUUCCACCCAGGCCUGGGGUCCUAGGACCUACCCUGAAUCCUGCACAUAGGCUCCCACUUGGAUGCCUCCACCAUAACCCGCCCAAACCUUUGUCUGUGUCAGUGACUUGCCUCCACCAACAGGAGGGGAAGCACAUCUAGUCAGGAAAGCUGCUCUUGGAGCAUUUUGAAAUCUUCUCUCUCUUCUCUCUCUCUAGACCCCAGAUGCCCAUUUUUCCCCCAGCUUGGAUUUGUGGGGAAAAGAAACAGAUGGGAUUUUCCAGAAAAAUCACCACAUGCCUUCUCUACCUCCCUUCUGCUCCCCUUGCCCUUUGGAGCUGCAGCACUGUGGUUGCCAUGGCAACUGUGCAGGGCAGACUUGCUGCUUCCUGUAGGCCAAAGAUAAAGCACUUGGGCAGGGCCA